AUGAUUGUAGAGCCAAACCAAGAAUUCCAAGGAUUGGUUUGUGAAGGGGCUAAUGUUCUUCCAGCAAAGUUUAUAGAGGAUUCUUUUCGGGAUGGAUAUGGAAAGGUUGUUAAUAUUAGGCGUUUAGAUGAAGUAAUAGAUUCAAUAAAUGGCUGGUACAUGGAGCGGGGGCUUUUUGGCUUGGUGUCUGGUGUUGAGAUUCUAUCUGGGGGUAUUAUUAGGCUACAAGUGUCUGAAGCUGAGGUCAAUAAUAUCUCCAUACGUUUUCUUGAUCGGAAGACAGGUGAGCCUACUGUUGGGAAGACAAAGCCCGAAACAAUACUUCGGCAACUUACCACCAAGAAAGGGCAGGGCUGUUCUUGUGGUGCACCACUAUGGUGCUUAUCAAUGGAAUGUUUUCCUACUAAGAAGCCUUGA